AUGCUGAGCCAAAACACAUAUGACAUGCUGUGUUUGGAGCCGGAAACUGGUGAUCUGUGGGUGUGGGUGGUGGUGUGGCUGUGCACUGACCUUUCGUCGUACGUGGCGUGCCUUGACCGUUGCAAUAACUUGGUCACGUGCUCCAUGGCCUGUGCUGACCCUUUCCGACUAUAUAGGCCUGACCCAUCCAAGUCUUCCGAAGUAAGCUGUUCGCAUCACAGUGCACCUGUACCAACGCGCCUGCCUUGUAAUGCAUCAGGCCUCCUAGACUACUUUUGCUUGCUAGUUUACGCCAUGGCAAUUUUCAAUGACCUUGCAACUGAGCUACAAGAGGCUAUCUGGAAUCUGGUACUUCCAAACUCUCGUGGCGUACACUGGGUCGAAGUCGAAGGCAUCCCACACGACCCUGACUUUAUCCGCGACAGCAUCCGCAUGACAAAAUGGUACCAGUUUGACCGCAUACCUGAAACGCACUCAGACGUGUUCUAUGCGAGGCAGGAAAACCCAGAGUUCAACAGACGCGCCAAUAAAAGCAAGCAAGAAUCGAGUCCCUUCUUUCGCUUUCUCCUUACCACCGUACCAGCUGUUUUGGGGAGAUCAGGGUCGAACAACAGCGAAGCCGUUCAACCUAAUCUCGUCAAUGAGAUAACUUAUACCAACCGCUGUAGGCAACUGUCAACGUAUACCCAGAUUACAACACUCCUCUCAGUUUGCAGGCUUUCCCGCAAUAUCGCAAAAAGAUAUGUUCAAGAUAACCGCAAAUGCAGCUGGCCUAUCCGGCGCAGCAUGGGCCCGCCUUACCGGCCACGCCCAAUAGAUGACUGGGAAAGGCAGUAUAGCGGCAAUAGAGACCCACCAGUCGCAAAAAAACAUAGCUGUUGGCAGCUGCUCACACCUCGGAUACAUACUCUUGACCUCGUCAUCUUCCGCCUCCAUGAUAAUAAAGGCCGAGCAACACCACUGCUUAGGCAUGCGCCCUGGCAGUACUGGAUUGAGCAAGCAACGCAUGGGACAACCUUUGCAUGUUUUGACCGCAUAGGUGUGGAAUGGCAUCCAUCAUGGGGAACUUGGGGUGGACGGCACGAGCUGCGUUCUGGAAACGUCCAAGCGUUUGUCAGGGAAAUGCAAGUAGCUCAUUGCCCUGCAACACUGUACUGGCUGGUGGAUAGCGUGGCCCGUCCAAACUGGAACCGCGACUAUCCGGCUGUGGUGCGAGACAUUUGGGCAAAUCGAAUGGCUGAGGACAAAGACAAUGUCUUAGAUCACCUUAAAAUGCAUUGGAAUCUGAAGCCCCAGGAACAUGCAGCGUUGUUGGCAGACCAUCAUCUCAAUCAGGAGUUUGAGGCCAACGGACGCCGAUAUUAUAUUGUUUUUGUUGUAUUUAGCCAAUUUCUUGCUAAAGAAAGGGAGCAGCUGAACAAUGCCGGGUUAGGCUGGAGUGGGCCGUUUCCAGGUAGCGCAGCUACGUGGCCUGAGGCACUUAUAGAACCAGUGCGGCUUGCCUACAACGUGUGUGGGGAUGGUUCUAAAAACCUAGGGACGUACCGAAGCUCUUCAUAUAUUCUUAGCUGGGAGCCAAUUCAUUAA